UCUUUCCGCGUGCGUGGGUACUCGAUUUGAGCGCGUGAACUGCUUCGCGCAAAUGUAAAGUGGGAUCUAGUCGACCGUGAAUUUUUCUAUAUUUUCCAACUUCGUGCGCCUAUAUUUCCGCCUCCGGUCAGUGAUUUUUUGGAAAAUUUUGGUGACAACUAAGAUCAAUUGGCUGCGUAUAAAUACCGAUUUUUGAAAAAUCCUGUAGGUGGGAAAAUGAUUAAAAAGCAAUAGUCGAAAAGUAGGUUUUUUCUUUCUUCUGCCCUACAGAAUAUAAGGCUUUAGUGGGGUGAAAUAUUUAGUUUAACAAGAUCCGAGUCGGAAAGUGCCAAAAGUCAACUUGAUGGUUUACUAGUUAAACACAGUGAGUUGUUCAAAGAUAGCUAUGAGGGCAUGAAAGGGUUGGAAGCACACAUCACCAUGACAGAUGGUGCAAAGCCCAUAUUUAUUAAGCCACGUAGGGUUCCAUAUGCACUAAAAGAUGAAGUUGAAAAGGAGUUGAAUAAACUAGAGAAAAAUGGGGUAACUGUUAAAACAGACAAAUCGGUUAGAAUUUGUGGGGACUACAAAGUAACCAUCAACUCAGCUGUUGAAGAUGAGCAGUAUCCCGUUCCCACCCAACAGGACUUGUAUGCUGCCCUUUCGGGAUCAAAAUAUUUCAGCAAACUUGAUUUGUCGCAUGCUUAUGCUCAGCUAAGUGUUGACAAAGCAAGCCGUGAGUACCUGACAAUGAGCACACACAAGGGACUCUAUUCCUACACCAAAUUACCAUAUGGGGUUAAAUCAGCACCUAAAGUAUUCCAAGCUAAAAUGGAUAUGAUUUUGCAAGGAGUAGAAAAAUGUGUGUGUAAGCAGGAUGACAUUCUUAUUGGUGGUGUCAGUUGGCAGGAGAACAUCAAAAUCCUGGCUGAGGUAUUGGAGAGGUUGCAUAAAUAUAGCCUGCAUUUGAAGAUGGCAAAGUGUGAAUUUCUGAAGAGGGAAGUUGUCUAUUUGGGUUUGAAGAUAGAUGCAGUACUAUCACCCAUUUCUACCAGAUUUAGCAACCAAACUAGCACUAUUACAUGGGCUCCUCAAAAAGGGUGUCCAGUGGACAUGGACAAAAGAGUGUCAGCAAGCAUACGAAACUUGGAAACAAGGUCUCACCAGUGAUGCACUGUUGGUGCAUUAUGAUGGGGACCGUGAACUGAGACUUGCUUGAGAUGCGUCCAGCUAUGGAAUUGGAGCAGUUAUUAGCCAUGUGAUGGAUGAUGGCCAGGAGAGGCCAAUAGCCUAUGCCUCUCGGACACUGAG